AUGUGGGAGUCAUUCCUGCGUACACUCUCAAGCGGCGGCGGUGAGGACGCAGCUGAAACAGCAGCAGCAGCAGAAGCAGCAGCAACAGAAGGAGAAGCAGCAGCAGCAGCGUCUGAUGCUCAGACUGCAGCAGCAGCAACUGCAGCAGCAGCAGAAGCAGAAAUAGAAGCAGCAGCAGCAGCAGCAGCAGAAGCAAGUGACCACCGCGUCGCGCUGCAGUCGCUGCUGCGCUUGCGGGAGGCCCUAAGAAGCAGCCGCAGCAACUCCCCCCCAUACAGGGAGCUGCUGCUGCUGCAGCAGCAGCUGCUGCAGCAGCAGCAGCAGCAGCAACCUGAGACAUUCGAUAUCUCCAGCAUGGAGGAAGCAGCAGCAGAAGCAUCAGCAGCAGAAGCAGCAGCAGAUGCAGCAGUAGCAGAGGCAGCAGCAGCAGAGGCAGCAGCAGCAGAAGCAGAAGCAGCAGCAGCAGCAGCAGCAGCAGCAGCAGCAGCUUUAGGCACACCGAUGUCCGCACCUGGAGGAGCUGAAGCGGAGCGCCGUGCUGCUGCUGCUGCUGCUGCUGCUGCUGCUGCUGCUGAGGCAGCAGAGGCCGAGUGUGCCCCGGAUUUCAGCAGCAUGAACACAGCAGCAGCAACAGCAGCAGCAGCAGCAGCAGAUGAGUACAGCUCUAGGUGCAGCAGGAGCAGCAGCAGCUCGUUUGGUGUUGAUAGAGAAGAAGAGAUCGUAGCAGCAGCAGCAGCAGCAGCAGCAGCAGCAAACAGUCCGUUACGGUCCCCCUUGCUGCUGCGCCGCCGCUUCUUAGGCUUGGGGAGGGUCUACUCUUCACAGCAGCAGCAGCAGCAGCAGCAGCAGCAGCUGCAGCAGCAGCAGCCGCAGCAGCAGCAGCAGGAGCAGGAGGAGCAGAGCGAGGUCGAGUUGACAGACGAAGCGCUGCUGCAGCAGCAGCAUUCAAAUAGCAGCAAUUCUGCUUCACCAGCAGCAGCAGCAGCAGCAGCAGCAGCAAGCCCAGCAGCAGCAGCAGCAGAAACAGAUGCUGCAGCAGCAGAAGGGUCAUUAGGAGCGCCGGAAAAUGCAGCAGCAGCAGCAGCAGCAGGAGACAGCUCAGCAGCAGCAGAUACAGCAGCAGCAGCAGCAAUGGAUACAGAGGCAGCAGCAGCAGCAGAAACAGCAGCAGCAGCAGCAGCAGCAGCAGCUAUGGAGACAGAAGCAGCAGCAAGAGGAGAUGAAGUGGACCAUGUGCUGCUGGUUAUACACGGCAUUGGCUGCGGGGAGCAGCACGAGGUGCAGCAGCAGCAGCAACGUGCUGCUGCUGCUGCUGCUGCUGCUGCUGCUGAGGCAGCAGAGGCCGAGUGUGCCCCAGAUUUCAGCAGCAUGAACACAGCAGCAGCAGCAGCAACAGCAGCAGCAGCAGAUGAGUACAGCUCUAGGUGCAGCAGGAGCAGCAGCAGCUCGUUUGGCGUUGAUAGAGAAGAAGAGAUCGUAGCAGCAGCAGCAGCAGCAGCAGCAGCAAACACAGCAGCAGCAGCAGCAAGCCCAGCAGCAGCAGCAGCAGAAACAGGUGCUGCAGCAGCACCAGCAACUGCAGCAGUAGAACAGUCAUCAGGAGCGCCGGAAAAUGCAGCAGCAGCAGCAGCAGAUACAGCAGCAGCACCAGCUAUGGAUACAGAGGCAGCAGCAGCAGCAGAAACAGCAGCAGCAGCAGCAGCAGCAGCAGCUAUGGAAACAGAAGCAGCAGCAAGAGGAGAUGAAAUCGACCAUGUGCUGCUGGUUAUACACGGCAUUGGCUGCGGGGAGCAGCACGAGCCUGUUCGGGUGUACGUACACUCCAUCAACUGGAAAAGAUGCAUCGUAGAAGCACAGGACCAAUGCGUCAACAGUCUGUGGUUUUGGCGGCAGCCUGUUCGGGUGUACGUACACUCCAUCAACUGGAAAAGAUGCAUCGUAGAAGCACAGGACCAACAGCAACUGAAGGAGACAGUUGAGGAAACAGUUCAGGAGACAGAUGAAAAGGAGACAGUUGAAAAGGAGACAGUUGAAAAGGAGACAGUUGAAAAGGAGACAGUUGAAAAGGAGACAGCCGAGGAGGCGGAAAAGGGGACAGAUGAAAAGGAGACAGUAGAAAAGGAGACAGUUGAAGAGGAGACAGUAGAAAAGGAGACAGUAGUAAAGGAGACAGUAGAAAAGGAGACAGUAGAAAAGGAGACAGUGUUGUACCUGUGCAUAGAUUUGAUCGGGUUUGAAAAGGAGACAGUUGAAGAGGAGACAGAUGAAAAGGAGACAGUUGAAGAGGAGACAGUUGAAAAGGAGACAGUUGAAAAGGAGACAGCUGAAAAGGAUACAGCUGAAAAGGAGACAGCUGAGGAGACACAUGAGGAGACAGUAGAAAAGGAGACAGAUGAAACGGAGACAGUAGAAAAGGAGACAGUAGAAAAGGAGACAGUAGAAAAGGAGACAGUUUUGUACCUGUGCAUAGAUUUGAUCGGGUACAGCUGCAACAGGAGACAGCAACUGAAGGAGACAGUUGAGGAAACAGUUCAGGCGACAGAUGAAAAGGAGACAGUUGAAAAGGAGACAGAUGAAAAGGAGACAAAUGAAAAGGAGACAGAUGAAGAGGAGACAGUUGAAAAGGAGACAGCUGAGGAGACAGCUGAGGAGAAACAUGAGGAGACAGUAGAAAAGGAGACAGUAGAAAAGGAGACAGAUGAAAAGGAGACAGUUGAAAAGGAGACAGUAGAAAAGGAGACAGUGUUGUACCUGUGCAUAGAUUUGAUCGGGUGUGAGUGCGCCAGCCUCAGGCAGCCUGGCGCAGCAGCCCACGAGCUCUAG